AUGAUUCGACGUGUCUACACCCACCCUAGCCAAGACCACACAAAGCGUCAAUUCUGUGGAUUCUGUGGCACGCCGCUAUCAUACUGGUCCGAAGAGCCGAGAAGCGAGGCCGAGUAUAUCAACCUCACAUUGGGCAGUCUGCUUCAAGAAGACCUCCAGGACUUGGAAGACCUGGGACUCAUUCCAGAGGAGGGUGAAAGCGAACCAGAGGAAAUGCGGGCGGCCAGCCCAAACCGCGGCAUUGCCCUGCGACAUUCCUUCGGAGUCCCAUGGUUCGAUGGCAUGGUGGAUGGCACCAGACUGGGUAGAAUGCGCCGCACGCAUGGGAUUAGACGCUCAGGCAAUGGUACAGUAAAGGUUGAAUGGGAGAUCAUUGAGGAGUCGGACGGGCUGGAGAACAACGAGGUUGAAAUGGAGACUGGUUCUGCGUCGGGGAAGCGAAAGUUGCAGGACAGAGAAGGCUAG